ACAACACUAAGUUCAAAGAACAGAGGACACACUACAGGACAGGACGCGGCACACUGAUCACUUUGGGUUCCUCUUUUGGAUUUUACUUCUUCAUUGUUUUUCGGCGCCGAAGUUGAAAAAGUUUGAGUCCAGUCUUGUUGUCCUUUUGAGGGAAUUUCACGUGUCUCCUUUUGGCACCGGACACAUCUGCCAUUGACUGUUACUGGGUGCCGGAGCUGCCAAAGUCAUGCCGGCCGGGUUUCAGCAACUUGGAGGGGAGACGGUGACUGGGACGUUUGUUCUCUCAGUCUUCACUGCCGUCAUGGGAUCUCUGCAGUUUGGAUACAACAUCGGUGUUAUCAAUGCACCGCAGAAGAUGAUUGAGAAGGACUACAAUGCUACAUGGAUUCACCGGUAUGGCGAGCACAUCCCCACAGGGACCCUCACCUCUCUCUGGUCUCUGUCCGUUGCCAUCUUCUCCAUUGGUGGAAUGCUGUCCUCCUUCUGUGUGGGCUUUGUCUCCGAGUGGCUAGGCAGGAGGAAAGCCAUGCUCAUUAACAACUUAUUUGCCUUCAUUGGUGGGAGUUUAAUGGGAAUGUCCAAACUGUGCCAGUCCUUUGAAAUGAUGAUCCUUGGACGCUUUGUUAUCGGGGCCUACUGUGGGUUAGCAUCAGGUUUGACACCAAUGUACGUUGGUGAAAUAUCUCCUACUAGUCUGCGAGGGGCUCUGGGCACACUGCACCAACUGGCUAUAGUCACUGGUAUUCUUGUAGCACAGAUCCUGGGUCUGGAGGUAUUACUGGGCAGUGAGGAGCUGUGGCCAGUCCUGAUGGGUUUGACUGUCGUGCCAACCGUCCUUCAGAUGGCUCUUCUUCCUUUCUGUCCUGAGAGCCCGCGCUUUCUCUACAUCGUCCGCUGCCAGGAGCACCUCGCAAAGAGAGGUCUGAAGAGGUUAACAGGCAAACAGGAGGUGGGGGACCUGCUGGCAGAGAUGAAGGAGGAAAAGCGGAAGAUGGACAUGGAGAGGAAGGUGUCCAUCCUGGAGCUCUUUCGGUCCCCGCUCUACCGGCAGCCCAUCAUCAUCUCCAUCCUUCUGCAGCUGUCACAGCAGCUCUCUGGGAUCAAUGCAAUUUUCUACUACUCAACCAGUAUCUUCAUGAAGGCCGGAGUCCAGAGUCCAGUCUACGCCACCAUUGGAGCAGGCGUGGUUAACUGUGCCUUCACUGUGGUCUCACUCUUCCUGAUUGAGAGAAUGGGUCGACGGACACUCCACAUGCUAGGCCUGGCUGGGAUGUGUGUCUGUGCCAUCAUCAUGACCAUGGCUCUUGCUUUGUUGGACAGUGUUCCUUGGAUGAGCUACAUCAGCAUGCUAUCCAUCUUUGGGUUUGUGGCAUUCUUCGAGGUUGGUCCAGGUCCCAUUCCCUGGUUCUUUGUUGCUGAGCUGUUCUCUCAGGGUCCAAGGCCGGCUGCCAUGGCUGUGGCCGGCUUUUCCAAUUGGACUGCCAAUUUCAUCAUUGGCAUGUGCUUCCAGUAUGUUGCUGACCUUUGUGGGCCAUACGUCUUCCUGAUCUUCGCUGCACUCCUCCUCUUCUUCCUUAUCUUCACAUUCUUCAGAGUGCCAGAGACACGGGGCAAGACCUUUGACCAGAUAGCAGCGAACUUCCACAGCUCUGCAAGAGGAAUGAUGGACAUGGACCUGGAUAUGGACAUGGACCUGAACAAGCCCAGCACUGAGCUAGACUACUUGGGUGAUGAAAGCAUGAACUGAAGAGUUCAUAACUAAAGAGGAACUGAACUUAGAACAGCUCGGGAUGAAAUGACUCCAAUUUUUAAUUCUUUCACAUGUAUAUUGAGGUCAUUUGUUAUAUCAUAUAGAUAUGGUGGUGCCAAAGCAGUGUUAAAGAUGAGACAGUUUGGGUGUUUUGGAAUUGUCCAUUGCUGGUACUGCUGCAUUAUGAGGUGAUGAAUUGAGCCUUGAAAACGGCUUAAAAGAGCUGACUGCUAUUUGAAGGAUUAAGAUGCACAUAAGAACAAAAUGUCUGGACUGCUGGGGCAUUGACUGCCUUUAUGGUAGGAUUUUAUUCCAUGGUGAUGUAUUCAGUUGCAAUAUUGACAAAUGGAGGUGGAGAGACUUUGGAAUUCCUGCACUUUAUCUACAAAGUUUUUAAGAGUUAAACACAAGGAUAUCAGACAAUGAGUAUUUUUGCCUUUUGUGCUUAAGCUGGGAGCACUCUGGAUAUGUAAAAAAAAAAAAAAAAAAAAAAAAAAAAAAUCAUAAGUAACUGAUUAAAUACAAAAAUAAUGACUUAUAAGAUUAGGAUGUCCAUACAACUGUAAUGGAUCCAGGUGGUUACGUGAAGGUUUAACCCAAUAAAUCACUUUAUUCUUGAACUGGGGACAGGCAUUAAUAAUCAAUCUCUAGAUACUUCUAUUGAUAUUCACUGAAUUUCCCUCUGGAUUAAUAAACUAUCUACUGGAACUACCAAUAACUUGUCUGUAGAGAACAAAAAAUUUGUAUACAUCCUCUUGUCUACUUCUUUGAAUACUAUCAGAUUAAAAUGACAACAUCACAGUUUCACUCUCAUUUCAGACACUUAACAUUUGGCAUACUUAGUUACUUUUGUUGAUUUGGGGAAUGUAAUUUGGCUAUUUUUAUCCAAUUUUGGUAUCAUCAAGUGCCAAUCAGUUUAGAAAAUAUCACCCAAUGCCCUGCCCAAAUGACUAUCAUUAAUAUUCCUCUCAUUAUGUGGAAAUCCACAACAAAUACACGCCAAACUGAAUUUUCCAUCCCGUUGUCUUCCCAGCUUAAUUUUGGGCAAAGUGCCAUCACACAUUUUAUGAUCUUGACUAUUGCACAACCUGCAGAAAUGCUAUGUUCAAAGAAACAUGUCAGUACUUUGUGUGUACAUAUAUUUUUGGUUGUUAUUAAGGGUAUGUGGGUUUCAAGUUUAAGUUCUUUAUGCACUCCCAUAGGCAUUUUGUUUUGUUGAAAGGAGCCUGAAACAGUAAAAAGAAGGGCAAUCUAAAGGGUUGACAGAUGAUCUUGUCAGUUCUUUUUAAACAUCAAGCACUGGGUUUGUGUAUUUCUUUGUCUUUGUUAAGUGCAUUUUGCUAUUUACUCUUUAUUGG